GCGUUCGGCGGCUCGGCCGUCACGCGUCGAGCGGUAGUGGGGGAAUGAUAGGCGUCGCUUCUGAAAUCGGCUCGAAAAGGGCAACUAAUUGCGAGCACUGCCUUAAAGAAUUUAAAUAUACAAAGAAUAAGACUGAAAACAAAGAGUAAAAUGUCUCGUGACGUGCGAAGCAUAAAAACUGAUAAAGAAUACCGCGGCACUGUCAGGGGGAGAAUCUUCCAAUAAAUGCGAUUAAUUAUCGAUCGUUAUCGAUUAGCGACAAAAAAUGAUAUUGCACAAGUUCGCGCAGCACAGGCAAGUGUCUCAGUUGUUCACCAGUAAUUGCACAUCAGAGAGAAUAUUCCAUUUAUUUCCGCUUCAAUUUUCCAGUUCUUUUGUCGCUUUUCGUCCUAACCUAUCGAACAUUGCCAAGUGCGCGCAUCCGAGUCGCGGUAUGCCGGCGGAUGCGAGGUCGGACCUGAGGGAGAUCUUCCGCCGUGCCGUGAGGGCGGUAUCGCCGCGCGAGAUCGUACGCGGAAGGGUGAAGUUCCGCGGCCACGCCCUGCACGUCGACGAGCGGGCUUUCCCGCUUCGGGGGAACGUUUAUCUGGUCGGAUUCGGAAAGGCGGUCAUGGGGAUGGCCGUGGCGCUCGAGGAGAUGCUCGGCGGCGUUUUGAAGAGGGGUGUCGUCAGCGUGCCGAGGGGUGCCGUCUGGUCGUCGGAGGGUCGGUCGGACUUUCCCAAGUUGCGCGACGGCGUGGUGAGCUACCGCGAGGGUGGCGCGGGCAAUCAGCCCGACGGCGGGUCGCUCGACGCCACGCGCGACAUCGUCGACCUGGUCGAGGGCCUGACGGAAGCGGACACUUUGCUGGUGCUGGUGUCGGGCGGAGGGUCCGCGCUGCUCUGCAUGCCCAGGCCCGUUCUCGACCGGGACGACAAGUUCGAGCUCUGCCGGAGGCUGCAGAGUGCCGGCGCGGACAUCGCCGAGCUCAACACCGUGCGAGCGAAGCUGUCCCUCGUCAAGGGUGGCGGUCUGGCGCGCAUGGCUUACCCCGCCUCCGUCGUCGCGUUGAUACUGUCCGACGUCGUCGGCGACCCCAUCGACCUGAUCGCCAGCGGACCCACCGUCUACAGCGCCAAGGCGCCGGAGCCCGUGGUUUCUGUACUAAAGAAGUACGAUUUGUACCGGUCGCUGGAGGGCGACCUGAAGACCGUCGUAACGUCCAGGGAGACCUUCGACGACAGCGGACUGCUGACGCCAGCUAAGCAGUUCAAGCACGUGACGAACGUGGUCGUGGGGAACAACGCGACGGCCAUGGAGGCCGCGAGCGCCGAAGCGGCGCGGAAAAAGCUCACCCCGAUCACGUUGAGGAACGACGUCACGGGGAACGUGCGGGACGUGAGCUUGGCGUACGCUCACGUGACGAGCCUCAUCUGCCUGGCCUUGUCGAACGAGUUGGGGAGGGAAGAGUUUCACGAGGGAGUGCGGACUGCGCCGAUUCUUCCAUUGUCCAUCGACAAAGCGGACCGGAUCUUCGACGCCGUCGUCGGGAGUACCGGCGGUGUAGUCCUGAUCGGGGGAGGAGAGCCCACGGUGGUGGUAACGGGCCGCGGAAAGGGCGGCAGGAAUCAGGAGCUGGCUCUGCGCUUCUCCUUGGAUUGGCUGGCGAGGGUAAAAAGGGAGCCGCGACUCGCCGAGUACGACGUAACGAUGCUCAGCGGAGGAACCGACGGUCAGGAUGGCCCCACCGACGCAGCCGGUGCGUUCGGCUACCCCGCCAUCGCGCCUGGAGUGCGCGAUCUCUACGCGAGAGUGAGAGCUAUGGCUGCUGAGGAAGCGCAAAUUGGGCAGAAGCUAAAACCGACGGACAGGAGUGCGAAUCCGCGGGAACACGAUUUUAAUGAAGCGGCGGAAAAGUCUGUUCCUGGCCGGGGAAAUAUCAGCGAACGCAACGAUUGCUUGGCGUUGACGGUGAUGGAGGUAGAACGCAUGUUGCCUGAAAACGCUUUGAGGGAGAACGACACGUACAACUUUUACUCGCGCUUCAAGAAGGGCGCGGACUUGGUCAAGACGGGGUUAACUGGCACGAACGUUAUGGACUUGCACUUGAUUUAUAUCAAGAAACGAUCGUGCAAGUGCGAGCCCGGUGUCUCCGACGAGCCGAUACGCGAAGAGAAUAUUUUCGACGCACACGAUUUGCGUAUCGAUCCGUCGACCGCCGAGAGAUACAAAGCUCUACGUGCUACCUUGAAAUUCGACGGGGAGAAAUUUUUGGAGACCAAAGAGGAGAAACGUUAUCUCGAUAUCAAGAUCAUCGAUGAGAAUCUUGCGGAUCCGUGUUGUAAUAAAGGGCGCAAACUGGAUUGAGCGGGAAAUACACGAGGAAUAUAAAGACAUUGUUUACAGUGUACAUUUUCUAUAUAUUGCAACUAUAUUCAGUAAAAUAAAGUUUCGCAUCGAACAAUAUUUCUCUGAAAAAAGUAGAUUUCGAUACUUUUCACGUGUAAAGAUUGAUACGAUAUUUUAAAAUAUGCAUAUAGAGUGUUCGUAUAAUGUCAAAGGCACUGCUUAAAAAUAAAUCCCUUAAGGGGAUGCUGGA